AUGGGUAUUCUCGCCGAUCUGGGCGGCUCAGCCGCCGCAAAAAUCACCUCAACCGAAGAAUACCAGGAUGCUUUGCAGCGCAGUUUUCUGACACCGCUGGCCCAUGCAAGCCCUGGAGACCAGGCCAACAUAAUCGGCGUGGUCACGCACUGCACAGAGCCCAAGGAGACACGUACCCACGACUACUCGGUCUGCAUAAACCUGGUCGAUCCCUCACUACCGCUCGCCGGCUUUCUUCCCUGCAUUGCAUUCCGCGCAUCACUCAACCAGUGCCGCAAUCUGGUAUGUGUUCCCGGCGACAUAGUAGUAUUUGACCGAGUCAAAAUCCAGGUGUUCGAAAAGGCGCACCAGGCCGUCGGCUUCAAGGACAAGGAGGCGGAUAUAGUGCGCGUGGACAUGUCGGUGGCCAAGAUGCACCCAGUGGUCAGGUAUCUGCGCGAGUGGUGGCAGCAGCGACCGGUUAGCGAAAUCCUAAUCCCAGCCAAGAUGCCAUUAGAGCAUAUGGAGGGUAUGCCGACAGAGAAGCAGAGGCCGAAAGUCACCAGCAGCAGCCGACCGCAAGCGCCCAAGCCCAUGUCGGGCUCGAAAAACCUGCAGCAGGUGCACCAGCUGGUUCCCGGGAAUUUCUCCGACAUAAUCGUCGAAAUCCUGCAUGUCACGCACCACGACCGGUCCUGGCACUGCCUAGUCACAGACUACUCUGAGAACCCGCUAGUGCACGAAACCAAAACGCCAACCACGCCCGUUGUCGGCGGCAAGCGCCUGGUGCCGUUGAUAAUCAACAACCCACAGUAUAUCCCUGGCCUGCCCAGCGAGCUGUUGCUGAAUGCUUUUUACAAGUUCCGCCGGUGCCAUGUACGGGAGACCGAUAUGGAUGGUAUGCAGCUGAUGAUGAUGCCGGAUGCAAUGUAUCCAGACAAAAUCCUGGUGCGCAUGGUGAAGGAGGACAGCGAGGAUUUGCGUCCGUUGCUGAGGCGCCGCGCAAAGUGCCUGAGGCAAGUGAAGCCGCGCAAAAUUUCAACGAGACAGACGGACUUGGGCGCAGGUGCCAAAUCCGCUGAACCUACCAAAAGCGCUUACCGAAAUGCCGCAGUAACACCGAUCGCGGACAUUCUUGGUGGCAGUGAGUGUGCAUACCUAGCCAUGUCCGAGAACCGCCCACAGAUGAAUGCGCAGUACCGCAUUCACGCCCAAAUCACCAGCACCUACCCCGCGCUGGUUUCCAGCUGUUCCGUACAUGUCUGCGCUCACUGCCACACACGCCUGGUGACCAGCACAGCCUGCUGCACUGGCGCAGGAUCUGUCACAGAGCACCGCUUUGUGCUGGAACUGACCGAUGGCUCAGCCUCUGUUCUGGCCGUCUGCCAAGGCAGCUAUGCAAAGAGAUUGCUAGCGCGCGUGCCUGCCUCGCCUGGGGACGGAUCGCUACGAUCGCUGUGGCCGGCCGGCCAGCCGUUUGACUUUGGUGUGGCGAGUGUGCUGCUGCCGGGACCUGGACCGGCGCAUGGAUCGCUGGUUAGGACGCUGGUUGUGGUAGACAUGUAAAGACAAAUUGCCAGUGUUUUUUGGGGAUGGCUGGCAAGGGCCUGUUGUUGUGAUUUGCUAUCUCAAGACCAUCCCCCGGAUUUCUAAACUCCUCGCAGUCACUCGGUGCUCCGCAGGCUUGGGUUAAUUUGUUAAGAAACCAGGUGCCAUAUUUUU